AUGACAACUAAUCGUGUACGGUUUAUUACGCCUAGUUACCAAACUACGCAUCAUAAAAAACAUAAAAAAAAUCAAACAAAACACAGUGAAGACAAUUUAGCUUUUGUAGAAGAUGAUGAAGACAUUGUUAAUAUUGAUUUAGAACAAUUUUCAAAUAUUGAACCUGAUACAGAUGAUUUACAGGUUACAUUUAGUAAAGAAAGUUCAACAGUUCAUAUUGAUGAUCGACAAGAUUCUACAGUUUCAACACAACCAUUCUCUACUAAUGCAAAUGAACAAAUAAUAGAUGAAGAAGUAGAAAUAACUGUUUCAAAUACAGAUGAUCCUUCUAUGUUAGUUUUAACAUUUCGGUCAUGGUUUCUUGGUCUUCUAUUUACAUGUCUUCUUUCGUUUGUAAAUCAAUUUUUUUGGUAUCGAACAUCACCACUUUUUGUUGGUACUCUUGUUGCUCAAUUAUUAACAUAUCCAUUAGGUAAAGCAAUGGCUAAAAUGUUACCAAAUCGAAAAUAUAAAAUUUUUCGAUGGAGUUUUACUCUUAAUCCAGGUCCAUUUACUAUGAAAGAACAUUGUAUUAUAACAGCAAUGGCUAAUGCAACAUGUAGUACAGCAUAUGCUAUUGAUGUUAUAACAACAUUACGCUUAUUUUACAAACGCCUAAUUCAUCCAAUAAUUGGUAUUCUUUUUGUUAUUACAUCACAAGUUCUAGGUUAUGGCAUAGCUGGUAUUAUGCGAAAAUUUCUUGUUUGGCCAGCAGCUAUGGUAUGGCCGGCUAAUCUUGUCAAUUGUACUCUUUUUCGAACCUUACAUGAUGAUAAAGAUAUUGGUGACAACGACGAAGCAAAUAAAGAAUCACGUUGGAAAAUGUCACGUCUUCGAUUUUUUUUCGUAGCAUCAUUUUGUCAAUUUUUAUGGUAUUGGUUUCCUGGUUAUAUUUUCCCUGUUCUUUCACUUUUCUCUUGGAUAUGUAUGAUUAAACCAGAUAAUGUUGUUCUUUCACAACUUACUGGAGUUAAUGGACUUGGUAUAGGUUCAAUAGAAUUUGAUUGGAAUGCAUGGGUUGCAUUUCUUGGUUCACCGAUAAUUGUUCCAUUCUGGAAAGUGAAAUAA